GGUCACCUCAUUAUUUUUUUUUCCUUCUCUUCUUUUUAUUUCACCCAAUUGUUUACGUUUUUUUAAAGGCUUCAAUGGGUUCCACCUUUGAUUCUCCUCGUGCUACUUUUCAAGCCAUCAAGGCUCCUCCAGCCAGCAGUCGAAAUUCCUUGGGAAGCAUCAGUACCCUGAAUUCUUUCCAAUUGCCUGCUUCUGCUGCACAAGAAUCUUCCACGAACCUUGAUUUCAAUACCAAUUUUGAUCUCAGCGUUCCCCAAUUUAAUGCCUCCACACCCUUACCGUAUGCCUUGAGAGACUCGCAAAGACGAUUCGCGUUGUUUCUGGAGCCGAGCAAAAAGUCGAACUUCUACUGCAGCAUCGAGAAUUUCAACGACAAGGUGUUCCGCGAGCUUGGGCCUAAUCAAGCGCAAAAUUAUGCUCCACAUAUCAGUAUCAUCGACAGUAUCGUGUUGAAUCGCAGCGACGACUGGGAAAAUCGCUGGAGCGCAGUGCAGGACCUUCGAGAUGGUGUGGAAGACACCAUUCGAGACUUGGCUCCUCAAAUGCAAUGUCCUAUGUUUCAAGGCUUAGGAGUGGUGGACAAGCCGGAAAAGGCUCUAGUAAUUGGCUUGAAGUCAAGUGAUAGCUAUAAUGAAUUGGUUCGUAGGCUUAAUCGGCUGAUGUACGACAAACACCGCGUUAGGGUCGAGCUGCGUCCUAUGAAUCGAUUACAGCUAGCUUACGAUCGUAAUCAUCCCUUAAACGAUCAUAAACUUCGUCAUCUCCAGCAAAUCGCAACGGAAACCGUCGCCGUUGAUGAUCUAGUACUGCAAAGGGUGCCAUUCGACAUUGUGUUGUACGAAGUUAUGCUGGAAAGCCAAGUUACCGGAGUUCGUCAUCAGAUGGCCGAAUUGGGUAGAUGGCGCGUAGUGGACGGUAAUCGAAAAACUCCAGGAAUCAACUCCACAAAUUUCUUUAUGCCGGUGUCGAUUGUGGAUACGGUAAAAAUGAUGCUAGGCCGCUGGAAAUUACACUCUGGCAAAAAGCAUCUGCACAAGGAAUGGAAAACAGUGGACACUCGACUGCAAUCGAAACUGGUCACAGCAUCGUAAAAAAAAAAAAAAAAAUCAACAUCUCUCACUCCUUCUAACUAUGACCAUGGCUCCACCUGAAAGCCAACCAAAGCACCUUUCAUUCUUUUUCAAUAUUAUUCUCCUCCUGGCUCCCCAUUCUUUUUAUUCUACAUGCACAUUGUUACAAAACUGCCAUAAUUUCUUCGUACAUAUCCGUUGUAACCAAAAUC